GUUCAAACUUCAGAAUAUUUCGUUUCUGUUUUUGUUUGGAAAAAUAAAAGACAAUCAUGGUUGAUGAUUUUCUGGUUGGUUUACUCGAGUACAGUUUCCUUCUAUGUCAUCCUUGCAAGGUGCCCUGCCUAGUGUACCGCCUGCAGGUGCAGUGCACCCUUCAAACAUGGGUAAUCCAUCACUUGCCUGGACUCCACCCCUGUCAUCAUCAUUUCGUCCUACACAAGCACAAAUUCAUGCAUCUGCAUUGGGGCCAAGGGCAUACAUGGGGCAACAAAUGCCAACUAACAUGCCAAUACCAAGGCAAGUUGGGGAUUUCGGAAAUCAAGGAGCUGCUUUCGGCUUGUCAAAUCCUGAUCAGCAGCUGACCGGUGGGUUAUCGAACACUCCCCCCUCUAAUUCAUUCCCUACAGGAGGAAACCCAUUCGGAUAAUGUGAAAAAUUGUCCACCUGGACUUGUAAAGUCAAUCAUCAACUUGUUGCCCCC